UUCAUGGCUGUCAGAAAAUGGUUUCCAAAACAAACAAACAAAAAGAAAAUUAUUUAUAUAAACAAAAGUACUGAAUUCCUACCCUGAUCUUGUGCUCAGAAAAGAAAAAUCCUGCAUUAAACUGAAGCAUUAGGACAAAUAUCUAAACAAAAACAAAGUAAACUAUUUAUGGCCACUGCAGCUAUGGGAAGUUGUGCUGAAGCUGAAGUCUGUAAAGGUCAACGUUCUAGUUCAGUAUCAAACUUCUGUUUAAAAUAGAUAAUGUGAAACUCUCUAAACUUAUGCUGCGCAGUUACAAACGCUAACAGAGUCAAUCUUCCAGUGCUCACGCACUAUCGGCUUGACCAACGGUUCCGCAUUUCUCCGUCAUCACUUGCCAACGCAACCAAACCGGGAUUCUCCUGGCAAACACGGUAAGAGACGCUUCAAAAGGAAACUACUGAACAGAUGGAGCCAGUCUUUUUAAUAGGGUUGCACCAAAUCAAAGCAGCCAACCAAAAGAAAUGCUGCCGUUUGUGGAUCGGGAAAACCGAAAUGUGCUUGUUGUGGUCCUGCACCGCCAGUACCUGCGGCUGCGGAAACCCCCGGGAGCAGCACACACCCGGCAAGGCCUCUCCCGCCGCCACGCCAGCACCGCCGCUCCCACCGGCCCGGGCGCCCCUCGGGCCAGCGCCCAGCCGGCAGCACCCCGGCCGCGCCGGCGGUGGAGCGGAGCGGCCGCAGCGCACGGGGCUCCGCAGCGGACCGGAAGCCCCGGAGGGAAACGGACAGAGCCGGCGGGGCCGCGCGCAGCCGCUCCCGCCACCCGCCGGCGGCCGCGACGCCCCGACCCACCUGCGCACUCGCCGCUUCCGGCUCCCUCCACCCGAGCCCCGCCCGCCGGGCUCCACGUGCCUGGAGGCUACGUCAUCACGUGACCUCCGCCGGGUUGCCCGGCAACCGCACGCGUUCCCCGACGGCGCGGCCGAGGCCAUGGCGGCGGGGCCCGGGCUCUCCCGCGGGAGGCGGCAGCAGCUCGCCCCAUCACAUCAUUGGGAAGAAAAUAAUGUUCUAGCUCAAUGUUUUCUUCCAAAGGAAGUAGAUCUUCGUCAGGUAAUUGUAUUCCCAAAAGCAGAAUGGGAAAGGAUUCAGGACAGUCUUGGCAGCACAUCUAGAGAAGCAGCACGCAUCCUCGCUGAGAAGAAAGAGCGGGAAGAAAUGCGCUUACGCUCCAAAGCUGCUGUAAAAGAUUGGUCCAAUACCAUUAUGGACCCGACGGAACGGAAACUUAAAGCCAAACAACUACGUGAAGAAAGACAAGAGGAAGAAAGAAAGUUAAUUGAUUUGGAAGAAGCAGAGUUUCAAGCAGCACAACGGAAGGCGGCUAUUGAUCGCGCAAAAACUUACCUAUACUACCAGAACCAAAGAGUGAAAGGGCUGCAUAGUGCCCUUCUACUUGCAGAGGUCCUAAAAGAACGAGAUGCUCAAGUUGAAUUUAAAAAGUUAAAGUCAGAUGUUAAAAAAAAGAAGGAUGAAGAAAAGGAACGUGAACGUAAAGCAGCUAAUCUCAGAGAGCAAGAAGAGGCACAUCGGCAUUAUAUGAAUCAGCGUUAUAUGAAUCAACAGGCGCUACGCAGAGAUCUGAUGGAACAAAUAAAGGAGCACAAACAUCAGGCAGAUCUGGCCAAGCUAGAAGAUGAAAGAGAAAGAGAACAAAUAGAGAAAUCAAACCAGUUGUACCAAUUGGAAAUUGAGAAAAUAAUGGAAAAGGAACAGGAGGAAAAAGCUGAACGCCAGAGGCUGCAUCAUGAGCACGUAAGUAACCAGAAAAUACUCAAAGCAAUAGAGGAACAAAAAGAAAUGGAAGAGAAUGAUCGGAUUAAAGCUCAUUUUAAAGCAAAGGAAACUAUUGCCAAGAUGGUGAAAAAGAAAAAAGCUGAAAUGCGUAGACUAACACAAGAACGUCAGACCAAAAUCGUUACCCAAAUAGCUGCACAAACGAGUGAGGCAUUAAAGAGAGAAGAUGAUCGUUUUGCUAGAGAUGUUGCAAAAAAAGAAGCUGAAUACCAAAAAAAAUGCAAAGAGAAAGAAGCAAAAGAAAAGGCAGCCAUUGAAUCUAUUCGCGAAUAUAGAGCCACUGUGAUUAAGAUGAAAGCGGAAAAGGAGAGAGAGGAAAAAGCAGAAGGUAAAAAGGAACUUCAUGCCUUAAUGGAAAACAGCCGCAUCUACCUGGAAACAGAAAAAGCCAAGAAACAAAGACAACGUGAUGCGAGUGUGAAAGUACAGAAAAUUCAGAUCCAGCAAAUGGCUGAAAAACAGGCAAAAAAACAGGAGGAAAAGCAAGCAGAAUUGGACUAUGAUGCUCAGAAAGAGGUUAUUGCACUCUGUAAGGAGCGCGAAUUUCAGAAGUAUGCAAAGCAAGUCAUUGAAUCAGAGUCCAAGACUACACAUCAUCUUUAUCCUCUUCUCAAAGCAUGCAAAGGUGGAAGAGACUUGGGCAUCGCUUCUUCCAGAGGAAGAGAAGGAAUAAAUACGGCUUUUCAAGCACAGGACAGUGCUGGGACCCAGUUACCUUCUUGUGAGAGCACUACUGCUCAAGAAGUUAAGAACAUGAAAAAACAUUGAGACUAUUCAGCCAGGAAAGGCAGAAGCAGUUUUCACAUAGUUAAAAAAAAAAAAAAAAAAAGGCAAACAACUUUUUUUAACCUUAUGGGUGGAGUUAAACUGUAAAUGAUCUACAUCAAAUAUAUGCUAUGAACCUGGAAGUCCAUUGAAAAAUGCUGGAGAACUGGUUAUAUUGUCAAAAAUCCCCACCUUGUAUUUAAUGAAAGUUAGUUUAUUAAACUUGAGAUGGAAAUUCA